AUGGCCCCUACGCUUCCCUACCGCGACAUCAACGUCAAAUUCGCAAACGACUCGUACACCUUUACUUCCCCAUCCUCUCCCCAUGCUCCCGCUCUCAUCAUCGACCGCCCCACGGGCGAUUUGCGUCUCGGCGAUGGCAGCGUCACUAAGCGAACUACCAGAGUGUCGAGCAUCGCUGGUAUCUUGGGUAUCAUCCAGCUGAGAUUAGACAAAUAUGUCAUCGUCAUCACAAAAGCCCAGCCCAAGGGCCGCCUCAAGGGCCACAUGGUCUACAAGGUCGUCGCGACAGAAAUCCUUGCCAUGCGCGAGCGCCAGAUUCGAGAUCCCGACGAGGAUACCUUUAUCAAUCUUCUUCACAGCUUCCUUAAGACCGCCCCCAUGUAUUUUUCCUACUCCAUGGACCUGACCAACAGCUUCCAAAGGCAAUCCGAAUCCGACGUCUCCUUGCCUCUGUGGAUGCGUGCCGACGACCGCUUCUUCUACAACAAGCACCUCCAGUCCGAACUCAUCGACUUCCGCACCAGAGGCGCCCGGGGAUCCAUGGGACCCCAGCCCGGCGCCGACCCUUUCAUCCUCCCCGUCAUCUUCGGCGUUCUCGAGACCCGCCCCACCAACUUCAAGGGGAACCCCCUGACCCUCGUCCUCAUCUCCCGCCGCUCGCGCCACCGCGGCGGUACCCGAUACUUCACCCGAGGCCUCGACGAGGAAGGCCACGCCGCCAACUACAACGAGACGGAGCAGGUCGUCGUCGUCAACGACACGGGAAGCAGUCGCAUGGGCGGCUUCGCCGGCAGCUCCGACAUGCACAGUGGCCAGUUCGGCAAAGCCAACCCCGGCCCGGGCGAGGAGAUGCAGGUCAUGUCCUACGUGCAGACCCGCGGCAGCGUGCCCACCUACUGGGCCGAGAUCAACACCUUGCGUUACACGCCCAAGGUGCAGGUCCGCGGCGUCGAGACGGCCCUGCGCGCCGCCCAGCGCCACUUCGACGAGCAGAUCCGCAUCUACGGCGACAACUACCUCAUCAACCUCGUCAACCAGACCGGCCGCGAGCGCAACAUCAAGAACUCGUACGAGCAGAUGGUCGAGCUCCUCGUGUCGUCCCCGCGCGAGGACGUCCAGGCCGACCUCAUCACCGACGAGAAGUUCCACACCAUCCAGCCCCAGGGGCCCGCCCAACAGGAGUUCGACCGCCUGCACUACGUCUACUUCGACUACCACCACGAGACGAAAGGGCUGCGCAUGCACCGCGCCUACGCCCUGGUCGAGAAGCUCGCCGACGCCCUCGCCCAGCAGGGCUACUUCCGCGCCGUCGACAUGCCCGGCCCGGACGCCCGCCUCGAGCCGCGCGCCCACCAGUCCUCCGUCAUGCGCACCAACUGCAUGGACUGCCUCGACCGCACCAACGUCGUCCAGUCCAUCUUCGCCCGCCACGUCCUGGACCGCAUCCUCGAGGACCUCGGCUGGCUCCCGCGCGGGUCCUCCUUCCGCGACGAGGACCCCGUCUUCGAGGACCUCUUCCGCAACAUGUGGGCCGACAACGCCGACGUCAUCUCGUGCGCCUACUCCGGCACCGGCGCCAUGAAGACCGACGUCACCCGCACCGGCAACCGCACCAAGAUGGGCGUCCUCCAGGACGGCCGCAUCGGCGUCACCCGCUACGUCAAGAACAACUUCCUCGACGGCCCGCGCCAGGACGCCUUCGACCUCUUCCUGGGCGCCUACCGCCCCGCUGCCGACCUGGGCUCCGGUCUCGUCUUCGCUGACCGCCGGCCCCUCCUCAUCCAGUCCGUCCCAUACCUGCUCGCCUUUAGCAUCUUCCUCGUUUUCGUCGCCCUCUUCUCCCGCUCCGACGCCGUCCUCACCAUCCGGAUCUUUAUGCUCUUUUGGCUCGCUGUCGCUGUUUGGAGCAUCAGCUUCAUCCUGGGCCAUGGCAUGCUCUACGUCAACUGGCCCAAUCUGAACCCUAGGCCAUGGGCCAACGAGGGCUAUAACGAACAUAUUGCAAAGGCGCGCAAGGAUUCCGUGAUUGGCACUCUUGUCGCCAAGCAUGAGCGUGGUCUCAGCACGGCCCGCUACCUGAACGCGGAGGAGGGCAAGAAGAGGAUCGAGUAG